AUAAACAUGGACUGGACGGGAAGGAACCAAAAACUGGUACGCCCCGGAGGUGUUAAACUUAUUCUUGAACAAAAAUAAAAAAAAAGAGGAUGAAGAGGCAGAAAAGAAAAGAGGCACAGUAAAGAGCGAUGUGUUUGUCCUCGGCCUCGUUUUCGGAUAUCUUUUCUUGGAGGGAGAACAUCUGUUCGGUUCAAGCGAAAAAGAAAAUGAAAUUCAUGAUAACAUAAUUGGAGGACGUGCGGUGAAUAUGAAGAAUAUUGAUGCCGAAUUGCGCAAAUAUUAUGAGGAUGACUUACUAACGAAAAUGUUGGAAGACGAUCCGGAUAAAAGAGUUAGUUCGAAAGAAGUCGUCAAACAACUGGAAUCCAUCACGAAAAAGCUGACUAAAAAAGAAGAAGAAUUUCGACAACUUUGUGCUCGUGGCUCUUUGUCUGAUCUAAAAGGAACAGCCAACGACUUCAUUCGCAUUGGAAUCGAUAUGAAUGCAAAGGACAAUGAUGGAUGGAAUGCGCUUGAUCAUUUGUGUAAAUCAAAUUCAAGCCCAAAUUUAAUUGACGCCAUUCAACUUUUAAUCCAACUGGGAAUUGAUGUGAAUGUAAAAGACGAUAACAAAAGGAAUGCGCUCCAUUAUUUGUGUAAAACAAAUUCAAGCCCAAAUUUAAUUGACGCCAUUCAACUUUUAAUCCAACUGGGAAUUGAUGUGAAUGCAAAGGAUAAGUGGGGAAAGAAUGCGCUCCAUUAUUUGUGUGAAUCAAAUUCAAGCCCAAAUUUAAUUGACACCAUUCAACUCUUAAUCCAAAAUGGAAUUGAUGUGAAUGCAAAGGACGAUAACGAAAGGAAUGCGCUCCAUUAUUUGUGUACACGGAAUUCAUGCCCAAAUUUAAUUGACGCCAUUCAACUCUUGAUCCAACUGGGAAUUGAUGUGAAUGCAAAGGACUAUUCGGGAAGCAAUGCGCUCCAUUAUUUGUUUGAAUGGAAUUCAAGCCCAAAUUUAAUUGACGCCAUUCAACUCUUACUCCAAUUGGGAACUCGUGUCAUAUCCAAUGGCCACGAUGCACGAAAUUAUGUACGCUAUAAUUAUAGGAUGUACAACAAGGACGAAAUCCUAAAACUGCUCGACGAAGCACUUCUUGUUUGAAUCAUAACUCAUCUCUUGGCGACGCAAUGCAUUUUAACGACGGAAAAAAAAAUAUGGCGACUGUCGCAUAGUCUAAUUGCUUAUAUCUUUUACCAUUACAAAAUUCAAAUUUCCUACUUUCUCACUUCACUUUCAGAAAUACACCAGAAUAGAACCCCGGAAAUGUCCGCAUCGCCGAGAGUUUUGCCAAUGUAUUAUUCCUUUACCCCAAGUUGAUUGCGACUCAUUUGAUGAUUAAAAAUUCUAUGUGGGCAAACAUCUUUAAAAUGAAAGGAAAAAUCAAAGCAUAAAAAACAGCAGUGUGAUUCAAUAUUGGUUUAACAA